AUGCAGCUCCCGCCGCUGCCAGGAACUCUGGCCGUUCCUCUCCUCGCCAUCCCCGUGGCUUUUGGCAUCACCUGCGCGACCCCCUUGGCAGAGACCCCUAUGAUGCUGAUGCUAACAGUGGCCCUGGUGCUUAUCGGUCUCUUCUCCAUCAUCCUCUUCAUCAGUGGAGUGAGCCACUUCCAGGACCCUCUUUUCUGUGUGUUUGUGGUGUUCUCCUUCACCUCCAUCGUUGACUUGAUCAUAGCUCUGGAGGAGGAUGGUUUCAUCUCUGGCUUCAUGGAGGUCUAUGUCAGAGAGGGUGAGCCCUACCUGCGCACAGCUCAUGGCAUCAUGGUCUGUUACUGGGAUGGAGUUGUCCACUACAGCCUCUACCUCACCAUGAUUGCAGCCAUUGGCCACAGGAAGAACUACAGGAGCCUGGGACUCUUCUGGCUGGGCUCGCUGAUGAUGAGCAUCAUUGUCUUCCUGCUUGGGAAUAUGAUAGGGAAAUACAGCUCUGAGCUCAGCCCUUCCUUCCUCCUCAACCUGCCCUACAUCUUCAUCCUCAUCUGCUUCCAGCAGCCCAAGCCUCUGCCAUGCCUCAGCCCUGAGAAGAUUGCAGAGGAGCAACGCAAACCUCUGUAUCAGAGGCCCCAGGACACGGCCCUGGUCCUGGUCCUGCUCGUCAUAGCUGCCUUCACCUUCUUCAGGGGGAUGGUGGUUCUGGACUGUCCUGCUGAUUCGUGUUUUGAGUACACCUACCAGCAUGAGCCUUACCUGCGUGACCCCGUGGCCUACCCCAAAGUGCAGAUGCUGAUCUACAUGUUCUACAUCCUCCCGUUCCUCCUCCUCUGCAUCUAUGGGCUGGUGUUGCCUGGCUGCUCUUGGCUGCCUGACUGGAGCUUGGUGUGUGCUGGUGCCAUGGCACAGGCUCAGUUCUCCCACCUGGGCUCGUCGCUGCACACCCGAACGCCUUUCCCCUACCAGACUCCUGACGAAGUCCUGUGGAGCUUCCUCCUCUCCAACAUCCUCUACGCGCUGGGGCCGCAGCUCCUGGCGCUUCGCUGCCUGCGCUCUCCUGCCUUCUUCCUGCCUCCCGCCGCUGCCAGCCUGCCCCGGGGCAAGAAAUACCAGUGA